AUGUCUGCAAGCCAAACAAGGAAGAAAGUCGCUAUCAUAGGGGCUGGGGCAGCUGGCAUGUCAUGCGCAGCAACGCUGGCUAAUCACCCAGACAAAUUUGAUGUGAUGGUGAUCGAUAUUGAUUCCCAUACCGGAGGCCAAGCAACCUCGAUCACUCUCGACGAGUCCAAGUACGGCGCAAGCUGGCUCAAUGACGGUGUCCAGGGUGGAUCGGCCAUCUUCAGACAUACGUUUCGCUUCUUUCGUCGCUACGGCUACGAGCCUCAACCGGUCAAACUUCAAGUAUCCUUUGGCAAAGGCCGGGAUAGUUUCUGGACCAAUGUGUUCCCAAGUCCUCUGGUGGACCGGCACUCACGAGAAAUCAAAAAGCUUGGCCGUGUUUUGAAAUGUAUCAAGUAUAUGAUGCCUUUCCUCGGUAUCUUACCGGUCAAGGUUGUUUUGCGCCUGUUCUGUUUCAGCAAAGACUUCAGCAAUAAGAUGGUCUUGCCCCUUCUGGCGUUGUUUCUAGGGACAGGUAACCAAACGCCUAAUGUGUCAAGCGUCCUUCUGGAACGCCUGUUCGACGAUCCACAGAUGAAAUUAUGGGAGUAUGACCCAGACACGCUACUGCCAAAUCUCCCGACUAUGUACACCUUCCCUCAACUGGGAAGGUUCUAUGAAGACUGGGCCGCAGAUCUUGGUUCGAAACACAUUGACAUUCGAUUGAAUACUUCUGUCAAGGUGCUUGAGCGAGGUAAGGACGGAGUUGUUUUGCAGACCCAAAAGCAUGACGGUACCGGAGCGAAGACCGAGGCUUUUGAUGAACUUGUACUCUGCUGUCCCGCAGACGAAGCAAAGAAACUUCUCGGAAUACAUGCUACUUGGCGUGAGAAAUACGUCCUAGGAGGGGUCAAAUUCUUCAAUGACAUUACUAUUACCCAUUCCGACUCGAAUUAUUUCCAGAAGAUAUUUGAGGCUCAAUAUGAUCCAGAUUUGUGUGCCCAACCUUCCACAAAUGAGCGGAAAGAGCAUCUGGAGUUUGCCGAGCAGAAGCCUGUCUGUCAAAAAGACGGGUGGUUGGGGUACAGGCCGAUGUAUUACACCCAUUCAUUCGCCUCAGACCCGGACAAGAUUGAAAUGGGAUUCGACUGCACUAAUUAUCAGCAUCAAUUCCGCGAGAAGCUUGGCCAGGGCCAGACAGCUCUACCCCUCAAUGAGCAUGUUUUCCAAACUAUAUUCCUGAACGACCAACAGCAAGAUCUUUGGACCUGGAAUGAUAUUGAUCAGGCUAAAAUCAUCGGAAGAAAAUGGUGGCAUCAGUUCGGUCACCGAUGGCAGCACUACUUACGUGUUGUGCCUGGAAUGAUGUUCAUCAAUGGUCAUAAUCGGACAUUAUUUGCAGGAAGUUGGACUAUGGUGAACAUGCACGAGAUUGCCUGCAUUUCCGGCAUCGCGGCUGCGUAUCAAUUAGGGGCCGCUUAUGAGCCAUUCGACGACUUUGCCGAGGACUUUUUUGCCAAAUACUUGCUGGUUUGUCAUGGGACGCGAUACCGGCGAAACAAAGCCAAAGACACUUGA